AUGGAACCCGAAGACGAUCUUGCCAUUCAAUAUCAGGGUGCCGUCCGGAUUGGAGAGCAGGGCACAUUGGUAGCCGAAUGCCAUCUACAAGACAUGGUCUGCGGCAGCUGCGCUGCUCUUCUCGGCCUCAGAUGCGUUCAAACACCCGUAAACCAUGUGUUGGAUCGGAACCAAAUCCUACUUAGACUGGCCUCGGUAGAGCUGCUCGACUGUGAUGGUCUCGAGAUUGAGUUCGUUAUCAAGCGGGUUCUAGCCGUCAACAGACCCCUCGAAACGAACAAGGCAAAGGUCCCGACGCCAUCCCAAGGAGGUUUUACUUCCGCUUUCCCUGGCACCGUCGAACUCCAGAAGCUGCAGCUUGAGCUCCAUAACCAACGAGAAGACAUCAAGCGAAUCGAUAGCAACGGCUUUAGGAUUGUCACGGCACUGGAUAAGCGCGCAGGUCGCAUCCAAGCUGACGUCACGAACUUGAGGGGCACCGUACCUGGCCUUCAACGUGACAUCGAGUCCGUCCGGCAAAAGCUGGUGUCAAUCAGAGUCGAGAUUGACAAGACGCGGGCAUCAGAAGAAAGUUCUACAGCCCUUCCUGCCCUCGAAGGCCGGCUUGCUCAACUGACUACUAUUGUUGGGGAAGUCGGGAAACAGGUUGCGACAUUUGGUACUCAGUUCGGUAAAGAAAUCGGCGAACUAAAGUGGUAUCUCCGUCAACAAGAACAAGCGAUAGAGGAUUUGAGGGGAAAAGUCAGGGGCAUUGUGUUCACUGCAGACUACGGCGAAGACAUGGCAAACCUUCGUGCGGAGAUGGCGCUGAUGAGGCGGCAAGUUGACGAGGCCUACGCACGGGAGACAGCACGAUCCGAGACGGCAUUCCCGUCCCGGGAGCUUGAGGCCCUCACAAGCGCCAUUGCCAAAAUCAGCAACCGGGCUAAUCAGGUCGAAACGUUGCAGAUGGAGGUCGAAAUCCUGAAGGGCAGGGUCGAACGAGCUUCCUCCCAAAAGGCCAGCAUCUUCUCUCGGCUACUCAGACCCCCCAAAUCGGCGGUAUGCCACGCCUAG